AUGUCCGACGACGAGAAGCGCCUCAGCGCGCUGGGGAGUGUAGAUCCUACACCCAUGGAGGCCUCUCCAUCGGCCUCUGACCGCCAAUUGUACAAUGAACAACCUGCAGAUGCUAAAGAGGCACCUACAGGAGACCCCAAGCCAACACCCCCGGCACGCUCAUCGCGUUGGAAGCUCUUUGCGGCUCUUGGCUGCCUGGCUGUCGUCAUUCUUGUCCUCGUCAUCGUUCUCCCCGUCUACUUUCUCGUCAUCAAGAAACGUAACACGUCCACCGGUGGUCACGGAGGUUCUGGAGGCGGCGGCGCUGUAAAUGGCGACGACACUCUCCCAGUCGCUCAGCCAGACGGUGCGACAUCUGGUGGCGACGGUUCAAAAGUAUACACAGAAGAUGGAUCAAGCUUUACAUAUACGAACAAGUUUGGAGGCCACUGGAGCUAUGAUCCCGCCAGGCCUUUCGCAAACGAGGCUCGUGCGCAAUCGUACACCCCCGCCCUCAACGAGACUUGGAAAUGGGGUCAAGACACCAUCAAAGGUGUCAAUUUGGGCGGCUGGCUCGUUACGGAACCGUUUAUCACUCCGGCAUUGUACCAGAAAUACUCAAGCAUGACGUAUCCAAAUGGCUCUUACCAAAUCAUUGACGAAUGGAAGCUCGUCGAGCAGAUGAAGGCAGACGGCUCUAUCGGGGACCUCGAAAAGCACUAUGCGACCUUUUACACCGAAAAGGAUUUUGCGGACAUUGUUGCGGCCGGCCUCAACUGGGUUCGCCUUCCGAUCCCAUUCUGGGCCGUCGAGACAGUCGGUAAUGAGCCAUACAUCGAGUCUGUUCAAUGGAAAUAUGUCCUCAAGGCCAUCGGAUGGGCUCGCAAAUAUGGACUGCGUAUCAAUCUUGACCUCCACACUCAUCCAGGCUCCCAAAAUGGAUGGAAUCAUUCCGGUCUCAAUAAUGGACCUCUCGGUGUCAAUUGGCUCAACGGUGUCAUGGGUAUUGCAAAUGCUCAGAGGAGUCUCGACUAUAUUCGUAUCAUCACCCAGUUCAUCUCGCAGCCCGAGUACGCCCCCGUGGUCCCCUAUUUUGGCAUCGUCAAUGAGCCUAGAAUCAUGGCCGGCAAUCAUGUUCUCCAACCCGAAGUGGUCCAAAGCUUUUAUUUUGAAGCCUACAAGCAGAUCCGAAACGUUACAGGCAUUGGUGAGGGCAAGGGACCAAUGAUUGGCAUUCACGAUGGUUUCCUGGGGUUCAGCGAAUGGAAUACAUUCUUAACUGGCGCUGACCGCCUGUCCAUCGACACGCACCCUUACUUUGCCUUUGAUGGACCGAACGAUGCCCCACUGGAGUCGUUUAUUCCUCGCCCGUGCUCGCGAUGGGGUGAUGCCAUUAACGUGACCCAGUCUACCUUUGGUGUCAUCACUGCGGGCGAGAUCAGUGCUGCUGUCAACGAUUGCGGCCUAUUUGUGACAGGUGUUGGCACACCGACUCGCUAUCAGGGCGACUGCGACCCGUGGAUGAAAUGGGAGAACUGGGAUCAAACGACAAAGGACAGUCUCAGGCAAUUCGCCCUUUCCUCUAUGGAUGCCCUUCAGAAUUGGUUCUUCUGGACGUGGAAAAUUGGGCCAUCGGCGACCGACAACUCUGUCCGUGCUCCUUUCUGGUCAUACAAGCUGGGACUCGACAACGGCUGGUUGCCGACGGAUCCACGUGACGCUGUCGGUGCAUGUGUUCGUCAGGGCCAGUCAGGAACUCCGUUCAAUGGCCAGCACCCUGCGUGGGCUACAGGAGGUGCUGGUGCAGGCGAAAUCCAGGCUGCCGCCACGGCAACUCUUACAUGGCCACCUACGUCGCUUGGCCCCUCGUAUCCAGUUGCACUAUACCUACCAACGUACACACCCACCGGCACCCACACCACACUCGCAGUGCCUCGCAUUACAGCGCACGGCGUGUCGCCUGGCGAUGGCUGGUUCAACGACAACGACCAGGCCCCACUCAUGGUCCCCAUUCAGUCGUGCUCAUACCCGGAAGCGUAUGGUGGUGCAUUGAUGCCGCAACCCACUGUUCCCUUCUGCGGCAACACCGAAGUCGUGGCCAUGCCCACCCCCGUGGCCGUCCUUACAGCAGACGGCAGCGGUCUCCCGUUCACCACGACGGUUUUGGAGUACUCGGCGGUCCCGGGUGAGGUGACCGUCCCGUUUGAUACCUCUUCCUCUACCACUGUAGCGGCGAAGAGGCGUUAUGCGCCCAGAGGUGGCAUGCCCAUGCCAACCUUAGCGUAA